AUGAAUGAGGCGGAUGUUAUGCUAGUUUAUAUACCCAACGGUGUCAUAAAAAGCGUACGCUAUAAUUUCGAAAUAAAAGUUCAGAAAGUGAUUCAUGUUUUAUUAUCAGCACUGGGUAUUGACCGGAUAUCUUUCGGAUAUUUUGCCCUUCGCUUAAUCCGAUCUCCGGUGACACAAAUGUGUAGCAAUAACAAUGACUGCCACUGGUUGCAUUCAGAUCUUAAAAUGCGGCAUAUUUAUAAGAAAUUUUUCAGUAAAAGUUCGAGUUCCAUUCCGCUGCGAUUUGAAUUGCGGUUGCGUUUCAUAUCGAAAGAUCUUGAAGAAAUGUACCAGACAGAAACAGGUGCGUUCAUGUUUUUACACGAUCAAAUUCUGGCUGAUUAUGUAACUCAGGUUUCGUGGAAAAUUCCUACCGAGACAGCCAUUGAAUUAGCUGCUUUACAGAUACGUCGAAAGCUUGGAAAUCAAAACGCGUGUAAUAUCGAAAAAUAUCUAAAUUUGGAUGAGCUUGAAGCCGAGGGAACUCUUGCGCGGCUAUUGCCCGAAACUCUGCUUAUUAAUAUGAAGUCAAAAAUGCUCAGGAAAACAUUAACAGCUGCAGUGAAAAGACACGCAUUGCUUACACCUACGGAAUGUAUUUUUCACUUCCUAGAAAUUGUCAAACGAAUAACGCAGUUUGAUAUUGAAAUAUUUAAAGCUUCUUUGGGUAUUGUUUGGAAGAAUCCAGUAGAUGUUAUGGUAGGUAUGGCUGUUGGCAUUUCCUGCGCUGCAGAUGGACGGGGACGAGGACCUGUCUUGUUGGCAAAAUUGCAGUACAUUAUCAAUUUGACGUUAUUAAAAUUGGACGAAAAUUCACAAAAAACUGUAAUUAAUUUGAAAAUAACCGGAAGUUCGCAGCAGCUGUCAAUUAUAUUACCGACAUGGUCGAUUGCUGAGUCGCUAGCACACCUUAUCAAUGGUUAUCACAUGGUAUUGUCGCAGCGAGGAUCCAUUUGGAUCCCAUCGGAAUUGUUGGAUGAGCUAAAAAAGCAAGAAGUGAAAGUGACCUUUGUAAAUGACGAAUUGACAUUUACACCUUCUAAAAACACUAAUCUUCUUGUGGACCGCUCACGAGUAACACUAGAAGAAUUACUGGGCGAUGGCCAGUUCGGCAAUGUUUAUAGAGGAACAUUUAUGAAAGAAAAUGGUCAAAUAGAUGCAGUUGCUGUAAAAGUUUGUAAAAUGGACUGUGAGAUAGUGGAAAGGCAGAAUUUUCUAGAAGAGGCUUUUAUAAUGCAUCGGUUUCAUCAUGAACAUAUUAUUGCAUUGGUGGGAAUUUGCAUAGAAAAACCUAUUUGGAUUGUGAUGGAAUUGGCGCCGCUUGGCGAACUGCGACAGUAUUUGUUGCAUAACACUGCGACAGUCGAUUUAUCCAUUCAACUUCUCUUCAGUCAACAACUCAGUUCUGCGUUAGUUUAUUUACAUUCAUGUAAAUAUGUUCAUCGAGACAUCGCUGCUCGUAAUGUCCUCUUAUCAUCACCACGUUGCGUGAAGUUAUCAGAUUUCGGUCUAAGUCGUUGUGUUGAAGAAAAUAACGUGUAUACAGCAUCUCGAGGAAAACUUCCGAUAAAGUGGAUGGCACCAGAAUCAAUUAAUUACCGCUGUUUCAGUAAAGCGACGGAUGUUUGGAUGUUCGGUGUUUGCAUGUGGGAAAUAUUUACUUAUGGCGUCAAGCCGUGGCAAGGUGUUCGUAAUCAUAAUGUUAUAUUGAAAAUUGAACGUGGUGAACGACUUGAAAAACCCCAUAAUUGCCCACAAGUCCUGUAUAAUUUACUAAUGCGUAUGUGGAAUUUUGAAGCUUUAAAAAGACCAACAAUAUUUGAAGUUAAUCGUUAUCUUGGUUUCCUUAUGGUUCAAAUUGAUUGUCACGUUCCUUUCGGAUUACUUACAGCACCUUCUGAUAACGAAAUCAAUGCGUUGGCUCAAGAAGAAAAUCAAACAAAUGCUUUUCUAACGGUCGCACCGGUAUUAAAAGUAGAUUCCGCAACGGUGUCAACAUCAAUGUUGUGGCGUACACUAGAACAACAAAGAAUUCAGUCGGAAGAGGACGAUAGGUGGAUUGAAGAGGAGGAAGAAAAACUUUUACCAAUGCCAGCACUUUCAACAGUUCGCGCGCAGCACAUUAACUCGCUAUCCAGAAAACAACCGUUGUUAAGUGAAGAAACGGACAUGCCACCAGGUUAUGAAUUCGACCGUCGCAAUGAUACGGUGCAUGGAGCUGUCCUUAGAGUGAUUGGUGCCGUAACAGAUUUAUCCAGAGAGUUCCGUACGACAAUGACAAAUGGAUAUUUCAGCAAAUGUGUUAAAAUUAUUACGGAUCAUUUGGCGAAUUUAUUCAAUGAAUCUGUCCAACACAUAUCAAUUUUAAACAGUUCUGAUCAGGAGAAAGUAAAACUUGUUGAAACACUUUUGGAAUCAGAUUUGCGUAAUCUCUCGGAAGUCAUGAGAAAAAUUUUGGAAGAGGAUGUUAGCAAAGAAGAUUACGAAGCACUAAGAAGAGAAAUACUGAAGAUAAGUCAUCGUUUAGCAUUUAAUUGUAAACAAUUUUUGGAAACAAUUGACAGUGCACGUAUUCGAAGUGGCGUUGCGAAGUUACAGCUGAAAGAUGCUUCAUCUGUAGUGUAUGAAAUAUAA